AGAGUCGGAAAAAAGAGCUGAAGGGUGUGACGAAGAGAGACGGUCCUCCUCGAACGAUCCUCUUGCCUCCUGCACGAAAUUUUCGUCUGCCUCUAUUUUGUCUACCGUCACAGUGAAAACAGGCACAGAACCAGGAGCGAAGAUGCGGCUGUCGAUGGUCGUCGAACUGUUGCUGAUCCUCCUUCUGAUCGCGUUCGCCGCUUACGGCCGAGUGAUUGAACGCGACGAGAAAGCAGAAGAAAGAGCAAUUAAGGACGUGAACGGCUCUAAACAGAGUAACAUCGGGAUAUCGACGUUAUCGUUGAAACAGGCAACCGACAACGUGAACAGAUACUGCACCUGCAACGAAAAUAUAUGCAAUUGUUGCAGAGACUUCCACAUACCGCUGGUGCAAUUACAAGGACCAGGAUGUGCAUCCUUGCAGUACUUACAAGGAGACAAUUUGGCGGUUCAGCUUAGCUUCGGGGACAAUAUUCUUACCAGCACCAUCGUAAAUGGAAAGAAUCCCAGGCCCGUGUGCGUGCCGUUACCCGGAGGGUUCACGAAAUUCUGUGGCCGAAUUUAUUCCAUUAAACGGGACGCGAAAAAUCACUUCAAAGCCUGCCUUGGACUGGAGUUGCAAUCAGCAACGGAACUCGAAGCUAGCUUACGCGUUAGCUGCUUUAGAUUUGGCCCCGACGGUCUAAAGUUACGUCCAGCGGAACCGCUUCCGGUAGUCGAAGCUGAGGUCUCGCAAGAAGAGGACGACGAUUUCUUUGGCUUGGACGAUGACGACGAGGAUGACGACGACGCCGAGGAUGAUGCACCGUUGAACAACUCUGUGCCAACCACUUCCACAGAGGAGGACGAGGAAGAAGACGACGACGAGGAUGUGCUCGGAUUCGGGGCUCUUUUGGACAUCAUAACCGGCGAAGACGAGACCACGACGAAGAAACCCAAAGUGACUACACCUGCGCCUCUCCUCCAGUUCACGAUUCCAAUUCUAAAUAGACCGACGCCGCCGCUAGUGGAUUCGAACGUCGGAGACAACGUUAGCACGAACGAUUCGGAACAAGGGAACGAAGACAGUGAAGAAUCCCUGAACGCGAGUGAAGAAGGCAGUGCCGAGGCGAGUGAAGAGUUUGCAGUCCUCGACGAGAGUCUGGCGGCUAACGAGACCGAAGCAGUGGUCACAGAAGUCUCGAACAAGAUAGCUUCCCACGUGAAGCCGGAUAAAACACCGACUAAGAAAUUCACGGCGUCGGAUGCAAAUAGGAAGAAGCCUAGCGUCACGAGUUCCAGCGUCAACGCGAUCGAGAACGAGACGAAUAAGAAGAAGAAACACGCGAAGAAACCGGUUAAAGGCGAAGAAGACGACGACGACGAUAUUUUGGAAGACAGUCUGGACGAUGACGAUGACGACGACGACGAGGACGAGGAGAUUUUGAGCGAGGACGACGAGAAGGACAACGAGGAAGAAGAGGACGAAGAUGAGAACAUUGACGAAAGUGAACACGAGAAUCACGAGGACGAAGACGAGAAGGCUGAGGUUGAAGAUUUGGACGACGACGACGAAGAAGAAGACGCGAUGAUCAGCGCGUUGGUUUACGACGAAAAAGAGAAUGGAAAGAAGAAAGGUAAGGUGAAGAAGCAUCAGUUGUCCGAAGCUUACGACGAUGAUUCUGACUACGGGUUAGGCUUAACCGGACUUUUAGCAAGAAGCAGGCAUUCGAGAAAUAGCGAAUAAACGAAAUUCCGAGAUACUAGAAUUCAAGUUCAGAAUCCCAUAUUAAAUAUAUGGAAUAAUC